AACAAUGUGACACUUUAAAAAUGAUAAAUUGGCUGUUUAGGAAUGAAUGAUUUGGUCUUAAUCUAAUAUCAUAUGCACUAAACAUUACAAGUUACAACACCAGUGACAGCAACACAUGACCAGUUUAAUACUAAUCAUAAUGAAUUUGAUAUGAAAAUUACAAUUUUGCCCUUAUGACGUGUCACCAAACUUCGAAAGGAAAAAGAAAGCUUACUUUAGAGUUAUAAAUACUGGUGCAAGUUCUUGAUCAUUUCAAAUCCUCUGCAAAACAAUGGCAACUUUACUAACAUGGGCUUGUCUUUCUUGCUUCUGCAUUUCAUUACUUGCCGUCAAUGCACAACUAUCUCCGGCAGCUUCACCUUCUAGUAUACCGUUCAUAGCUCCACCACCUACCACGGCGACACCACCAUCACUCAGCCCCACAACAUCUCCACCGCUUUCAAGCCCAACCAUCAGCCCACCAAUCGAAAGUCCAGCCCAGCCACCGCCAUUGCCGCCUCCAUCACCACCCGUUUCUCCACCGGCCCUACCACCAUCUGUGCCGCCUCCACAAGCACCUGCCCCUGUGGUUCUUGCACCUGCACCUGUGGGGCCCACACCAGUGCCCGCUCCAGCACCAGCGCCGGGUAAACACAAGAAACGGAAGACCAAGCACAAACACCACCACGCACCAGCACCUGCACCGACUAUUCAAAGCCCACCUGCACCACCUAAAGCUCAAGAUACCGGUGAAACAACAACACCUGCACCUUCACCAACCAUUAACUUGAAUGGAGCUGCAUCGCUUGAUCGGAGUGGAAGAAUUAGAAUGCAGGUGACAGCUGGAUUGGCCUUAGCUACGUUUUUGUCCAUCACUAGCUUCUCUUUGUAACUUCUCUACGAUGGAGAAAAAUUUGUACGGCAUACAGAAGAGGAUCAGAGCAUGACUGCAUUUUUUUAAACAUUCGAUAUUCAUUCUUUACCUCCAAAUUUGUAUUAUCAGUGCAAAAAAAUUAUAUAAAAUUGUUUUAUUUGUCG